CUGCUAUACAACCUGUUCUUUCUCUUAUCUCCACAGGACAUGCAUGCUGAUGGCCAUAAACCUGGCCCGCAGCAUGGCCAGCCUGGGUCACACCACGGACCUGCUGGCCCCUACCAUGGCCCUAGUGGCCCUGGAAGUCUGAGAGAUAGGCUUCUAGGGCGUCGAGGGGCCCCCGCCCCUGGUGUUCGAACCGACCACAUGGGUCAGACCAUCCUGGAACACGAAGAUAACCUCAGUGAUAAGGAAAUCUACCCUGGGCACCCACAGCAGGGGCAGCAGGGACCCCAUGCCCAAAUCCCAGCCAUAGGCUCCACAAGGAGUGGCUUGGCCAGACUCUCAAACUCUUUGUUCAAUACCAUAGGGCAGUUAAAAGGGAAAGGCGCCACCCGAGCUAGACAGAUAACCAAAGACAAUGAGGGUCAUGGUUCGCUGGAAGCAUUCAACGAAGAGGAUUACGAGGUUGGUCCUGGGGGCCGGGGGCGCUUCGACCCCCGAGCGCCCCCUCCCAGGUCCCACCAAGAGCGAGGACGACCCCCUCCACCCCCCCAUCAGCAUAGACCUAUGCCCCGCGAUGCUAGAGAGCCCCGUGAGGGGCGCGACCCCCGCGAUCAACACUACCGAGAAGGAAGAGAUCCGCGAGAUCCAAGAGACAGAAGAGACCCACUUAUGCGAGAGCCUCACGCGCCACGCGAUCCCCGCGACGCACGAGGGGACGUCCGCGAUAGGUAUGAAGGCGAAGGACGACACAGAGGGGGAGAAUACGGACGCGAAUACGGGCGUGAGGGUCGUGGGCGUGGUGGCACUGGACCAGGAGGGGAGCAGCACACGCGUAUAUUCGUGGCACUGUUUGACUACGACCCGCCUACCAUGAGUCCCAACCCUGACGCUUGUGACGAAGAGUUAGGCUUUAGAGAAGGACAACUCAUCAAGGUCUUCGGCGACAAAGACCCAGAUGGUUUCUACUGGGGUGAGGCUGGAGGACACUCUGGCUACGUCCCCUGCAAUAUGGUUUCCGAAGUCCAGGUUGAUGACGACCGGGUGGCCCAGGAACUCCUGAAGGAGUCGGAAAGUGGGCGCCGCAGACGGGACGGGUCAGUGGGACGCCGUGGGCAUCAAGGUGACCGCUGGGGGGACAUCUACGCCAAUAUGCCAGUUCGCAAGAUGAUUGCAAUGUAUGACUACGAUCCUCAGGAGCUCUCUCCAAACGUGGAUUCCGAGAUGUCGAGCAUGUAGUGAGCUGUUUUCUUGAAGGCGACAUCUGGCAAGACACUAAGUAGCUGAUGGGAGGUGUACUUAUAGGCGACAUCAGGCAAGGUUGGACUGGAAAAGAAGUACCCAGUUAUGGAAGGCAAGAGACGUAAUCCGCCAGUCUGAUGCACCAUUAACCUGUGAAUAAUUAAAAAAAAUUAUUAAAUCACAGUUAGACUGUCCUGUUCGCCAAUUGCAACCAUACUUGUAAGAUUAAUAUUUUCUGAUGAAUAUCAUAGCAUUUAAUAACGACACUUGCAGUAAGAAUGUUUUCGUACGAGCAUCUUUAGGUUUAAAAAAUUACACCUGUAUGAGUUACUGGUUUAUAAGCGUUUUAGGGCUCACAAACCACCUUUGUACUAAAAUUCUGAUACCAUGAACAUCUCGUGGUAUGAUCCAUCAUAUGAUGAAUUAUUCCUGGACUAAUAGUUUAACUGAAUCCACAGGGCAUAUUAACGAUAAAAAGAAACUUUUAUUACGAAAACGGUUCACUGUGUAGAGCUUUAUGAAGAUUACUUGAAGCUCUACACUAUAAAAGCUUGUCCUAAAACAAGUUAUUUUUUCUUCAAUUUGGAUCCUUUACUGAGGAUUUGAGUACAUUCACUAUGUAAUGACCACUUCUGAUACGAAUGUAAUGAAAUAAAAUAUUAAAAAGUAUUCCUAGGCUUAAUGUAAUGCGUUCUUAAACAUUUUUUUUCAUAAUCCUGUGUAAAAAUUAUUAUAGAGCCUCUAUAAUUAUCGCAUUUCUGUGGAAUUGCAAAUUAUAGACUUGUAUUUAUUACUUACCUAGUUUAUUUCAUACACAACAUUACUAGGCUCAAAUGGUUUCUACCCUAAAGAAUUUGAGAAAAAUUAUGAACUUUGCAGCUGGUGAAAAGAAUUAAGCUGCAGGUUUCGCCAGUGGCCCAGGUGACCGGCAAGGUUAGUGAGGUGAUACGGGAAAUGGGAACACUGCCAGAGGCUUCUAGCCCAUCCGAAGGCCUGUUUAUGAAAUAUGAGUUCGGCUACAUGUCUGGUUAAACUGAAAGCUCUUCGAUUCUGUUGGAUUGUAUGUCGAGUACAGACUACCACAGCUUCAAGCAUCAUCAAAAACUGACAAGGGAAAAGACAAGUGUCAUAGCCACAACAGUGCAGGUGUCUGCAUCUAUCAGUGUGUUGAUUGUAACCAGAGAAGCCUGCCGUAGCCUGCAGAUUAGUUUGGAAUAACACCAAGGUGAUGAUUAAGACAUUUUUGCAUCAGUUGGGGAUCUUUAUUGGUUAAACGUUUCGCCUACACAAAAGGCUUCUUCAUAUAUAAAGGCAGCAGGUGUAAUAGUGAAAUGCAGAUGAUGUAAUCAGUCCAUCAACCUUGGAGAUAUGAGGUGGUCAGUCCCUCAGCCUGAAGAAAAGUUCAGCUCCUUAGCCUGGAAGGAUAUGAAAUUGAGGCAUAAAAGUGCACCAACGUGCUUGAAAGAGUCGCAUGUCACGUGCAUGAUGAAUGGACCUGACUUUACACCUCGUAUCUUAGAACUUCCAACUGGUCAUAACUAGACAAAACAUGAUGCAGAUUUCUGGAAGUUGUACCAAUUCCCACACCAAAUAAAAUCUGAAGGAUUCAAGGAGCUUUCAGCUUAUCUAAACUUCAUAGUUGCUCAUUGACCCGACAACUCACCCACUUUAAUUCAUUUGCUUAUUGUUUUUCCUUGUGUAUCAACUGAAGACGCUUGCUCCACAGGCGAAAUCUCAGUAAAAUUGCUCUUUCACUGUUUUUUUCGCCUUCUUAAAGAAAUGAUUAACAUUAACAUUACUUAUGGUAUUGAUCGUUAUGGAACAAAUUUCUCGUGAAUUUGGUCCAGAUUAGUUUUAUGAGAGUUCAGAUCUUCUCAUUUUAGAUUAUCAAUAUGGGAACAUUCUUUAAAAAUUUGUCACCUUGAAUGAUUUUGAUUUUAAUAUUUGUUAUUAGUAAUCAUUUGUGUGGCAAAUAUCGUUGUCCCCCAUAGAAUUCUUGCAGUUCACACUACAGAUGUAGCACCUCCUAACCUGCUGGAAUGAGAAGCUAGUACAGUCUAGUGGUUAGUGCAACAGCCUAGUAAAUGCCAGUGUACAGGUUCGAGGCUCAUUCAUGUACUGAAAAAUGUUUCAAUUAAUUAAGAUUUUCUCAUGUAUUAUAAUAAAUCAAUAUAUAUGUAUACCAUGACAGAGGAUCGAGCCUACACACCUUGUACUGAAUAAAGUCCAUAAUUUUAGCAUUUUGCGAAAAUUAUAUUAAUUAUACAAACUCUGCUAAAUUAUUCCUCGAGUUUUAGCCUAACGAAUUCUCUUAUUAACU